CCUACACACCACUAUAUGAAUGUUGCACAAACAAGCCGGCCAGUCUUGGUAGAAGAAAGCGACUCUGAAGAAACACAGAGGCAUUUUAUGUUCCAUCGCCAAAGCUGAUCACUGACGUGAAAAACAGGACUGAUCUGAUCCCGCCACAUCUUCUAACGGCUUUCUUCCUGUUUUGGACUUUCCUGGGCGUGCAGCUUCUUCGGCAAACAUGGCGUCGACGAGUCUUCAGCUGCUGGGUCUGGUGCUGGCAGUCCUGGGCUGGGUGUGCGGGGCGCUGGUGUGUGCUGCCCCUCUCUGGCGCGUGUCCGCCUUCGUGGGCGGCGAGCUGGUGAUCGCCCAGGUGACGUGGGAAGGUCUUUGGAUGAACUGCCUGUCCCAGACCACGGGUCAGAUCCAGUGUAAGACCUACGACUCAACGCUGGCCCUGCCCACAUCCACCCAAGCUGCCCGCAGCCUGACCGUUCUCUCCCUGAUGCUCUGCAUACUGGCCCUCCUACUUGGGGUGAUGGGGGCCAAAUGCACCCACUGCAUGGGCGAUGCCAAUCAAUCCUCCAAGGCUCGGCUGGGCAGACUGGCGGGAGUGCUCUUCAUCGUGGCUGCUCUGGCCUUCUUGAUACCAAUCUCCUGGACCGCCUACGCAAUAAUUAGGGACUUUUACGAUCCGAACGUGGCCGCGCCGUUAAAGAGAGAGCUGGGACCGGCGCUGUAUCUCGGCUGGGGGGCCAGCGUGCUGCUCCUGCUGGGGGGCGCUCUCCUGCAUGUGGGCUCCUCGGCAGUGGAGGGAGGAAAAUUACCGAUUAUUGGAAGAGCGGCGAAAGACAACCCAGGGGCAGCAGGGGAGGCCAAGACACAAGAAAAAUCUUUUGUGUGAGUUUUUUUUUAAAGAAAUUUUAAGAAGAUUCAGCAGCAACAAAGAAUCAUCAAAUAUUCAGGCCAGGUUAUUUUUUUUUUUUCAUUGAAAAAAAAAAAAGCUGAGAUUCCAAACUUUUCGAAAUGUCUUAUUUAUAUUAACUUAUUUAUUUGUUUUUUAGGUUUGGAAAAUACGAUUGAUCAAUAUGUGAUUUCAGUCACUGUAGGUGUAAACCAGGCCUGGGCAAUUAUUUUGACUCAGGGGCCAAAUGUUGAGAAUAUUUUUUGUCUUUUUUUGAUUGAUUGAAUUGAUUGAUUGAUUGAAACUUUUAUUAGUAGAUUGCACAGUUCAGUACAUAUUCCGUACAAUUGACCACUAAAUGGUAACACCUGAAUACGUUUUUCAACUUGUUUAAGUCGGGGUCCACGUUAAUCAAUUCAUGGUACAAAUAUAUACUAUCGGCAUAAUACAGUCAUCACACAGGUUAAUCAUCAUAGUAUAUACAUUGAAUUAUUUACAUUAUUUACAAUCCGGGGGGUGGGAUGAGGAGCUUUGGUUGAUAUCAGUACUUCAGUCAUCAACAAUUGCAUCAACAGAGAAAUGGACAUUGAAACAGUGUAGGUCUUACUUAGUAGGAUAUGUACAGCCAGCAGAGAACAUAGUGAGUUCAGAUAGCAUAAGAACAAGUAUAUACAUUAGAAAAACAUUUGAUUAUUCACAUUAGGUUAUUUACUAGGGUCUGGGGGCCGGUAUAUAUAACCACUAAUAAAAAACCUCACAAUAACGUCUGAUUGAAUGCUAAAAACGUUCUUACAGAUCGCCUUAAACGUCGGAAUGGAAUUUGAAGGCUAAAACACUGAAUAUUGACAACAUAUGAACGUCACACCCCCUCUUGUUUGACAUAUCUUACAAUGAAGCGAAACACAACAAAAAGACAACUAACACAGCGAAAUAUGAACGCGAAGGGUAAAAAAAAAACUCACCUACAAUCUGAUACAUCUGAUAUAUCACUAAGCUUUAGAAGUUUGUGGUAAAAAUCCCCUUCCGUAUCUGUCCCUGACACCUACAUUUCAGGCUCUGGAAACACUCUCCACCCACACUGCUUGGUGCUUCGUCUGAGCUGCUGUGACUUGGAUUACCAUAGUAACUAAUUACAUGACCAUAGUAACUAAUUAGAUGACCAUAGUAACUCAUUACAUGACCAUAGUAACCAGUAUAUCAUACAGAAGUGCAGAUUCCAACCAUUGAAAUACUUUGCAUAGUUCAAGACUUACGGUCAUUAGGAAACAUCACUGCACAUCAUAAUGGCAGCUACACUUCCCAUCUUAAAGAUCUAAAUAAAUUAUUUGGGGAUGUCCGGUGGGCCACAGUGAAAAGCUUAACGGGCCGCAUGUGACCCCCGGGCCUUAAUUUGCCCAGGUCUGGUGUAAACUGUGGGAGAAUGUCAAAUGCUGUGAUGUUUGCUAAUCUGUGUAACAUACAUAGCUCAAAUUCCACUCAACCCCCUCGUGUGUGUGUGUGACAGUGGGUGGUGUGUACACAGAGGACCACUGUAUGUGGUCAACGCGUGUGUGUGUGUGUGUGUAUUUGCAUGUGUGUGUGUGUGUAAGAGCGAGAAAGACAAAGAAUCACCAUUGUUUACUUGCGCAUCUUUUAUCUUUGUAUUUAAGUUUUGAAGAUGAUUUUUUUUUAUUAUUAUUUUUUAUUCUUGUUCAUAUUUUCUGUAGAAUCGUUUUUGUCUACAUUAUAAAUUGCUUACUACCAUUACUAAUAAGAUGCAAUGUCAUAACUAACCUGUAUUCCUGUAUUUUCCUCAAUUUUCAUUAUUUUCUGGUGUGGGACAUUCAAUGAAAUGUUUGUUUGGGAUGAAUUGUUGAUCUUCUAAUAUCAAUUAAUUCUAAGCUUCCGUGAGUUCAUUGAUUUUUUUUUAGUAGUUCAAUCAAUAAAAAAAGAAGUUUGCUUUUAA